UUCUUCUCGUCCACACUGCAGUCCACGGUGCAGCUCGUGGGCAACAUGUCCUCCCCGGUGGGCAAGUCUCUACGCGCGGCUGCCCUCUUGUCCUUCGUGGUGUUGUCCAUUCUGGUGUCACUGCUCAUCAGCAGCGUGCACCACCUUGGCGCCAACACGUCCAGCCGCGGAGGUGCGGACGGUGAUGCCGAGCUGGCGUUGGACUACCAACUCAUGCAGAGACGCCGAGAGAUCCUCCCGUUGCUUUUCCCACCGGAGUACGAGGAAACGCGCGGAGCUGGCUGGGACUCGAACCUGUGGCGGGAGAUCACGCGCGGUUCUGCGGAUCCGCUUGGUUGCGGCGCUCUGCAGGACAUGCAGGCUCUGGAGGUCCUGGGUUCUGGUUACACGAAGCUGGUGGUGAAGGUGGCGUUGGCAGGAGGAGAGCCUGUUGCCCUCAAGAUGGUUAAUGAGCAAGGCAUCGACAUGGACAAGUGUGUGCAGGACUUUAAAGACCCUGAUGGAUGCCGGCAGCUGGUCUCCUACAAGCUCAGCAAGGAAGUUGUGCUCCUGCACAGACUGCAGCAUCCAAACAUUAUCAAGUUCAAAGGUCACUGUGUUGGAGACGUGGCAGGGAGGGUGACGGUCAUUCUGGAACAAGGGAGCCCCCUCCAGAUGAUCCAGCUGCUGCAGAGCCCCUGGGAGGACCGCUUCAGGGUGUGUCUGGACCUGGUCCGCCUCCUGCACUUCCUGGCACGGUCUCCUCUGGGCUCCGUGGCUCUGCUGGACUUUCAGCCUCGCCAGUUCGUGAUGGUGUCGGGCGAGCUUAAGCUCACCGAUCUGGAUGACGCCAGCGUGGCGGAAACAUACUGCCGGACGGACGCCGACUGCUCCCUUCGGUUUCCGCACCGAAAUUUCACCCUGAGCUGCUCGCCCGGCGGACUGUGUGAGGGAUUGAACGAGAAGAUGAACAUUUACAACGCCUACAGGUAUUUCUUCACCUACCUGCUGCCUCACCAAGCCCCGCCCGGCCUCGCACACCUGGUGGAUCGCAUCAUGAACGCCACAGGCGAGCUGAACGCCGGCAUCAACGAGACGCUGGAGGCUUUUGAACUCAUCCUGCACCUCUACCAGUCUGGCCUGCACCUGGACAACGUGCCUCCAUCUUUACUCGCAAACUACAGCGCGAUGCGAGGCGUGACGACGUCGGGCAACGCAGAGUAUCGCUGCUGGCCGUCCUACAGCCAACUGGGCUGCGUGCUGUCUGUCCACAGUGCACGAGAGGCAGCGCACGUCUGCAACUCGCACUCGCAGUGCACCAGUUUCACUCUGACUGGACAGAAGACAUGGACAGGUCGCUUCCUGGCCUCUUUCAGGAGCAGCUUCAGCCAGCUGGUACCUGCUGACCAAACAUCUGAGGUGUACGUGAAGAAGAGCCAAACCCUUAAAACUCCGGCCUUGUAAACACGAGGCUGCCCUCCAACGUCGGGAUUGGGACUUAUAAUAUUAGUGAAGCAAAGCGACGUGUCGCUCUCAAAAGUGGGCACCGCGGGCGUUCUAGUCCGCCCCGUGUCGAGCGGCGCCAGGCUUAGCGGGAGGAAAGCGGAGGCUGGUUUGAGCAGCGAGGCGAGUGAAUGUGAUGUAUUUAUAGGGCUUCUGCUCGCUCUUUGAUGUCCCUGCCAGCUCUCUGCCUCCCUGCCAACUGCUAUUUCAAGGGAUUUCCCUUCAGGUACAAUUAAGGAGGGAGAGCCUUGUGCUUUUUAUUUGAUUUUUUUAAACUGUUUCUACCUUGACUUUAUGUGCUGCUUGUUGUCGUGAUGCCAGCUCCCCUCGUGGUAGGAUUUUUUUCAGGGCAAAGGGGGUAAUAAGAAGAGCUGUAGCAGCUCAGCGUUUGAAGCCUUGGGACAAGGAAAGAAAACAAGCUCUUAUACAACAAGUACAUGCUCACGUCCAUGUUCUGCGGCUACAAAACGUUUGAAUGACAGUGGGUGAAGUACACACGUGCACGGAUAUUCCCAAAAAAACAAAACACAUUAGUGGACUCCCCAAGCACAUUUUGGCAAAUCAGAAACCAGCUGACUUAGGGCCUGAUUUAGUUAGAUCCAAAUACCACACGCUAAACAGUGUGUGCAAAAAAUAAAAUAGUGGGCGUGUUGCGUAUGAUCUACUAACACUGCGUGUGCAAUUGAAAAGCUUGCACGUGUUUUAGUACACGUAAACCUUUAGUAAAUCAGGCCCUUAGUUGUUCCGUAUACAGCGGUACCAGGGACCGGGAUUCUUUGUUUGGACACACGCGAUUCCUUGGAAUGAUACGCGGGUAUACGGAGUAGUCUGUUACGCACAAAGUUUGGUCAUACGAUAACCGAGAUGGUAUACAUUUUUGGACUGCUGUAGUGAGUUAUACAUGCAUUAUGUUUCAAAGUGUCCUUUAAGGCAACAUGAAUGAAUAUUGAUGUAUUUCCUGUGUGUAACAAGUCAUAUAUAUUGCACCUGUGUCUGCGUUGGCACUCGCGUCAGUAGACAUGUUCUGUUGUUAAACACGUCAGAUAACGGCGCACAUUUCUAAAGCCAAAAAGCUAAAAAAUAUGCAAUUUUGUAAAUAUUCGUUGCUACACUAUGAAUGAAGACUUUGAUAAGCGAUGCAACUUGGCAAUGCAAUGAUGGUAGACUUUGGAGAGUAAUUUUGACACAUUCCGACUGUGUUUUGACUCACAUUUUUUUUAAAGAUGAGCAUUUUUUGUGGUUUUGAGUUCCAACUUCCACUCAGAGACCUCUUUUUUCAUGGAAUGAACAGUCAUAUUUCAAAAGGGCAAUUAUGAUGAAAAGCAUUCCAGUUUUUUGUGCAUACUUGUGUAAACUACAUCAUUAACUGAUGUCAUUGUUUUUACAAUUUUUUAAAUGCACCUUGUGGGUGAAAUAAUUAUUUUUCAAUGAAAAUGUUUUUUUGUUUUUUUUACACUAUGCAUAUUUUAACUGCACAGUCUUGUUAUAUAAAUAUAUCGU